ACCAUUGACACCGCAGCGGCAUUUUGGCAGAAGAGAGAAAACGAGAAAAUUCUAUAAACCGACUCCCAAGGCAAUCUCUCUGUGACCGAAUCUAUACCCCAUCCCCGUCGUCGUCGUCGUCGUCCCUCUACCAAAACACACCAAAUGACCGCCACCACUCGAUUGAGCCGCCGCCUUGGUGCAGCGGCAAUCGCCGCCGCAUCCGGAGGAGCAUUUUUCCUCUAUCAGCCUACUUUAUCCGCCAACGACAGCGGCCCUGGCUCCCAGCUCGCGGCUCUACGGCAGAAGAUCACCGACCCGAACGCUCUCGUUCCGGCCAGAGCGGUCCAGGAGUCGGCCUUGAUUGGCGCCAGCGCGGCCAACCCACUCGACGUUCUCGUGAUCGGCGGAGGAGCCACCGGAUGCGGCGUAGCUCUUGAUGCCGUCACCAGAGGCCUCCGAGUGGGACUCGUCGAACGAGAGGAUUUCUCUUCUGGCACUUCCUCGAGGUCCACAAAGCUCAUUCAUGGAGGAGUUCGUUACUUGGAGAAAGCUGUCUUUAAUCUCGACUAUGGGCAACUGAAGCUGGUAUUCCAUGCGCUUGAGGAACGUAAACAGAUUAUUGAGAAUGCACCACACCUAUGUCAUGCUUUGCCAUGCAUGACGCCAUGCUUUGACUGGUUUGAGGUAGUAUACUACUGGAUGGGCUUGAAAAUGUACGAUUUGGUCGCAGGACCACGCCUAUUACAUUUGUCCAGAUAUUAUUCUGCGCAAGAGUCCAGUGAGCUCUUCCCCACACUUGCAAGGAAGGGCAAAGAUAGAAACCUGAAGGGGACAGUGGUUUAUUACGAUGGCCAGAUGAAUGACUCACGACUUAAUGUUGGAUUGGCAUGCACUGCUGCAUUAGCUGGUGCAGCGGUGCUUAACCAUGCAGAAGUAAUAUCAUUUUUGAAGGAUGAAGUUGGUGAGCGGAUAAUUGGGGCACGAAUUCGAAACAAUUUAUCAGGCAAAGAGUUCGAUUCAUAUGCAAAAGUAAUUGUCAAUGCGGCUGGGCCAUUUUGUGAUUCCUUGCGGAAAAUGGCCAAUAAAGAUGUGCGACCUAUGAUCUGUCCUAGCAGUGGUGUACAUGUCGUUCUACCUGAUUACUAUUCACCCGAAGGAAUGGGUUUGAUUGUUCCUAAAACUAAGGAUGGACGUGUUAUUUUCAUGUUACCAUGGUUGGGACGAACAAUUGCUGGAACCACAGAUUCCAACACUCCCAUCACUUUGCUGCCAGAACCACAUGAGGAUGAAAUUCAAUUUAUACUGGAUGCAAUCAGUGAUUACCUUAAUGUUAAGGUAAGGCGAAAAGAUGUUCUUUCUGCAUGGAGUGGUAUACGCCCAUUGGCAAUGGAUCCAUCUGCGAAGAACACUGAGAGUAUCUCCAGAGAUCAUGUUGUUUGUGAAGAUUUUCCUGGUUUGGUCACAAUUACGGGUGGGAAGUGGACUACUUACCGUAGCAUGGCAGAAGAUGCAGUUAAUGCAGCCAUAAAAUCUGGAAAGCUGAGCCCGACCAGUAAUUGUUUAACUCACAACCUGCGGCUUAUUGGUGGAGAUAGAUGGGAUCCUGCAUCAUUCACAGUUAUUGCACAACAGUAUGUACGCAUGAAGAAGACUCAUGGUGGUAAAGUUGUUCCUGGUGCAAUGGACACUACUGCUGCAAAGCAUCUCACUCAUGCAUAUGGAGCUUUGGCUGAACGAGUGGCUGCCAUAGCUCAGAAUGAAAAUUUGGGGAAGAGGCUUGCCCAUGGAUAUCCUUUUCUUGAGGCUGAGGUUGCGUACUGUGCUCGGAAUGAAUAUUGUGAAUCUGCCGUUGAUUUUAUUGCCAGGAGAUCCCGGCUUGCUUUCCUUGACACUGAUGCAGCUGGCCGGGCGUUGCCGCGCAUAAUUGAGAUAUUGGCUACCGAGCACGAGUGGGACAAGUCGAGGCAGAAGCUUGAGUUUCAGAAGGGUACUGAAUUUUUGGGAACUUUCAAGGCAGCGAAGAAUGCUCAAUUCCAUGAUGGAAAACAUAUAUAGAUCAAUUAACUCAAAUGAGCUGGAUUUUUUAGGAGCUCACUUGCUGCACUUCAAAUUGUUGACCAUAGAUUUUCCCAUUUUAUUCUUAUUCGAGAAGGUCUGAACGGCUGUCCGACCUUCUCGGCUGCCCUUCCCCUCUACACACAUCAGAUGGGUAUGCCAAUGCCACCCUCUUGUGUCUGAGCUUACACACAUAAUUGCAAAAGAAGUUGAAUCUCUGGAGCUUGUCUGUGACACAGUUUACUAAAACAUUGUUAUUUCAUCUCAAAAUUAGUUGAUUCCAUAAGCUUCGUA